AUGCCGCUAGACCGGAGAGGCUUGUCGCAUCAGCCUUCCAGCUCCGAAGAGGACGUAAGCCAUCUCCCCUGUCUGGCCCAUCGCAUUCGUGCCUCUUACAUUGCUCCAGUUACUCGGGUAUUUCUUGAUCCCGGCGUUUAUCCCCAGCCGUCUCGCGCUUCUCCCUGCUCUCACUUUCUCCGCUGCUUUCGGCUGCACUACCCGGUUGUGCGGUUUCACCUCCUCGCUGCUCUCGAGUGUUCCGAUUCUCAUUUGAGUCCGCGCAUACGAAAAGGAGCGGAGGAUCACGCGUCGAAUCCAUUAGAUUCUAUCAGAGAAAAUGCAGUCGGGCAAAGUGCGCUGGAACUCCAGCCGGGCCACCACUACCACGGAAACUAUUCACUGCCUCUACCACAAGCCGAACUAGAUGAACGCUUGAAAACGCAAUCUGCUUCUCCUUUGGGGUAUCGAGAAUGUCUUCACGCAAAAGCCUCUAUUUCCCCUCAGCCGGAUCGAACAAACGACGACGAUCCCGAGAUUCUAAGGGCGCUUGCCGCCAAAGACUGUAGCGGAUCUCCCGUGUGCGUUCGCUGCGCUGCAAAACACACAGGCGACUCAUUGUUUUUCCCGGGGAGCGAAUCGGCAAAUGCUCCGAGUCAUUCGGUGAAUCGCUCGUUCGUUCCACAAGGUAGGGAGGACCCAUGUCCAGACACAUUUGUCGCGUUUGACCAGUUGGCUCUGGCCGUGCUUAAGCGAUUAAGAAGACAUGCAACGACCGCUGUUGAGAACAUUCUGAAUACAUCGCGGUGUAUGCAUGUACGUCAGGCUAGCAGGACACGCCUGAAGAGAGAGAAUCCACACAAUUUUGCUUGUCUGCGAUCUACGACCGGUGAGCGCAUUUUCCACAAGCGGGAGCCAACAAAUCAAGAGACCAGUGAGCGUCCACAGAAGAGAAAAAAACGAGAGCAGGGGACUGCCCUGGCUACAGCUGACACAACUAAAACUGAAGAAGGUAUACCUGUUGUGGAAGAAAGAAAGGACGCGGAGACGGAUGUUACUGCUGAGAACCCGAUAGUCGUGUGUCGACCGAGUAGGCCGGCAAGUCCCAUUUGUUCCGCACAAGAAAACUUACCUGUGGCCUACCUUCUUCGAAAAAAGCGUAUAAAGACGACAGUAGCGCGUGUAUCCACCUCCAUUCAUUUGACGAACGGAGCAAGCCCCCAGCAGUCGAGCACUUGCCGAAGACAAAACCCCUGCCUCGGGAUCUGCACCGGAAGGAAGCUGGAGAGAGUGGAGACAGAGACAGUCUCGAAUUCUGCAGACGGGAGAAACGAUCGUGAAAUGGAGGCGCCUCUUUCUGUCGCCGACGCAAAUGCCGCGGAGAAAGAAAAUAAACUUCGGGUAGAAUCCGCGAUGCGGUCCACACCCGUUUCGUACAGGUCGUACUCUUCCCCGUACGAGGCGGGUGACAUCGAAGAAGUCAUCCCAGAAAUCAGUUUUUCGUCUAGUGAAAAUGAGUUUCUGGCGUGUUCAAUAGAUUCGCCUUCAUCCCUGGACUCUUCGUCAACCUCGUCGUCAUCGUCUGCUUCACCGUGUAUCUUUUCAGAGCCGUGUUCACCCCUCUUCUCGUCCUCGCCCUUGUCUUCGGCUCCCGUCCACCAAAAACCAUGUUUCUCUCCCCCUACCUCUUCUUCGUCAGCGUCGCUCUGCCUCACCGAGCGCUCUCCUUCCCCCGUCGUUUCUCUAAAGAAUUCACUUGACCUUCCACCCUCUGCAUCUAUGAGACAAGUUCAAACAGCCUGCACGUGUCUCUCUGCUUGUUUGUCUUCUGAUUCUCUGUCUUCUGAACGGCCUCUCGCGUCUGGCCGCUCCUCCCUAAUUGCAGCGUUGAGGUUUGCCUUGCGCUUAUUGUUCAACAGCGACAGAUACCCUCCGGAUUUCUUCUCAGGAGCUUCCCACUCGGUCGCUCGACUUGCGCUUCACUUGACGUUUUUGGCGAAACGCAUGCAGCAGCUUCGCCCUCGAGUCUCCUGUGGAUCCUCCACAACGGAGGCGCCUCUCAUCUCAGCACUCGCAGGUUCUGUCGCGAGACCCGAGAGAGGAGAACAGCGGCUGUGGCGAAAGCGCGUUGUUGAGAAGCGACGGGAAACACAGAGACAGCGAACGAGAAAAAAUGUCAGAGGCAGAGGGAAAAGUGCGUCUUGUGACGGUUGCCAACGGUCCGUACAGCAGAAAAAGACAAUCCCCGAAACCGGAGAUGCCUACGGCAGAAGACGGAAAGCGGACGAACACACAGAGGACCGACAAAGAAACGGAACGUACACCCAGUGGCUCAAGGAAGCAAGCGGAGGGGUCAAACGUCCAAGAGCACUCAUAAAUGGAAACAAAGCUACACCACAUUUCACUUCGGCAAUGAAUUCUCAGAUUGAAGAAGAGAGACUGCGAAAGAAACAGGAGGCGCUCAGGGCGCGAAAAACGAACUUUUCUCUAGCUGUCAAGUUGCAAUGUUUGAAAACGACUCAACGCCAGUCACGGCCACCUGGGAGGAAGACAGCAAGACGUCAUCAAAUGCGUUUGUAUCCACAUUCCUCGUAUUCUUUCUACCCUACUAGUUGUUCACUCGUUCCCUCGUAUGCGGCUGUCUGUGCAUCUUCUCCAGUCUCUAUACGUCACCUCCCUCCGACUCGUUCUAGCAGCAGACGCGGCCGCAUCACCGCAGCUGCCGUCAGCCCCCAACGUCCGAAGAAAAAUCAACAACAUGUUCCCUUUUCUCACUCCUACCCCCGUACGUUUGCCUCGUUUUUUCCUCAAUCGCCCUCUGCUGUCUCUGAGGGCUGUCGCGCUUAUCUCUCUGCACCAGAUAUAGCUGGAGUUGGCGGAGGCGCUCCAGUGUCCCCAGAUGUACAUACACUGGCUGAGGGAAGCCCGCGAUUUCGGACUCACGUAGAGACUCUCGGCGAGGCGGCAGUUGACGCGUUCUUGGAGCGCCAUGACCGGUUCAGGCUUGGUAGGUUGACACCGGAGGAGAGAGCAUUGCUGCGGCUCUUGAUUCAGUCAAAGAGACUUAUUUGCCUUUUGCUGCGAGCCCUUUUGUCCCCCUCCUCUUUCUCCGAGCAAGGACCCUCCCAUGCAGACACUCCUUCCCAGUGCUCAUCAACUUCCCCUUCAUCCUUUAAAUUCCAGCAGAACGCCCGGGAUGCCCUCUCGGACGCUGAACUCCCAUCUUCCUUCCUCGUUCUUUCAUGUUCUGUCGCUCCUCGUCGCCAGUUUCGAGAUCGCUUGCCUCUCCGAUCUCCCUCCUCGUCGUCUCUGCCUUCUUCCCCACUUCCUUCAUUUUCCUUUUCUUCUCCAUCUCCCCGUUCCCCCCCUUGUCCUCCUCCUCCUCCUUGUUCCCCUUCUUCCUCUGUGUCCUCUCCCUCGUCUUCGACUGUGUCGUCUUCUUCGUCGCCAUCCUCGUCUUCUUCAGCUUCUUUGGAGAGCGGAGAAUCAGCGCAGAGGGCGAGAGAAUCUCGGUUGCCGUCAGCUGUCUUCGGAGGUCCUCAGACCUUGAUCCAAGCCCUACAGAUGUACUUCGCCUAUCGUCCUGGAGCCGGCCGGCAUCUGCUCGGCCUUCUGCCUGCAUGUAUCGUGGCGGAAGAAGACAGAGUUGUUUUCCAGCCUCUGAGUUGGAGGGGAGAGGAAAAUUACACUUCCAGACUUUCGCCGAGAGAGCAGGCGACUCGCAGCGAAAGCAACAGACACGACGUGGAAGUUGCGAGCGGGGACUCGGAUAGGAGAAGCCGAGAGAAACAGGCAGACAAACGAAACAAAAAGUGCGACGAGAAGAAGCGAAGGGGAACAAAAGUGAAGCGCGAGAGUGAGAAGAAAGAAGAAGACGAGGGCGACAGUGACGGGAAGGAAGAAUCUGGAGAAGGAAGUGAGAGAGGCGCCGGAUGGCGAGGCGCCGGUCUCGCCUUGAAGGAAGCAGAUGAGGGAGAGGGUAAACGGAGGAAAGAAGGAAGCAUAGCAAGUGAGAUGCGAGACCAAGCGACGGUACCCAAUCUGGACGGGACGCACACAGUGGAGGCGAGGGACAUAACAAGCCAGGAGAGACAGACAGAUGUCGAACGGGAAAUGAGAGACACAGACACACGGAUACGAACUGUUUUUGAUUUCGUCUGCUCAAGCCAAGCUACGAGAACCGAGGUCAGUCUCCUCCUCAAUCACCCGAAACCAGAGGACGUUUCUUCCGCCUCAUCGCUGUCUCCUUCACCUUCUCGGUGCUCUCGAUCUUCUGUGUCUCCCGAUUCCACGCCAGUUUCGCCUGCAUCUGAAACUUCUAUGCGGCUGCCCGAAAACGCAUUUGCCGUUCUCUGUGGCUUUUUGUGUGGAGAUCUUCUUCCCCUGCUUCAGACCUGUCGAUAUCUUCGCUCUGCUGUGCUCUCCACUUUUGGAACCUGUCAGCAACAGCUGAAUCUCCUCAUGGUAGACGUAGACGACACUCGCUUCCCCUUUUGUUCCCCAGUUCCUACUCCUCUCUCUCCCGCCUCUCCAGCCGCGUCGUUUCCUCCUGUCUCAAGAGAUGUGUGGCGGCCACCGCCUGCUUCCUUCGCGUCGUUCCCGUCGUUCUCUUCCUUCCGCUUCACGCAUCUUGCACAGGCUUUCAAGAAAGACAAGGCGCAACUUUUGUAUUUGCUGACUUUCUGGCGAGGCGCUGUCGAGGCCUGGGUGGAGCCCCGGCAACUCGCCGAGCUGCUGGAGUGUAUGGACAGCCUGGAGAACAUCCGCGAACUUUCGCUGUUUUCUGACGAGCGGAUGCACGUUUUCUUCUCUCAGGAAGAUCCCGAGUCUGUCAGCGUGUUUGAGGAAGCACUCGACCUGUCCGAAGAAGACUGCGAGUCCCGACGCGAGCGACCACGACCCGAGCGACAGGAUGGCAAGAAGAAAGGCAAUCCGUUCCUGCACUUGAAAUUGAGAAGAAAGAAGCAGCGCUCACCGAACACAAUCAACGUCGAUGCUUCAGAGGAAGGCGAAGGCCGAAGAGACCGAGAAGACGUGAGAGUCAGGCGAAGACGACAGUCGAACUGGGAGGAGAAAGGAAUACGGACAGAAAGUGAAAAAACGACUUUGGCUUUCUCCUCUGCUGACACUCAGGCGACGAAGUCGCUGCAAGCGGGGGCUCCAUUCGCAGGUGUCUUCGAAAACAGCAGCGCGCCUUCGUCCGCCUCCGUGUCCUCCCUGUCUUCUUCGCUGCCUGUGGCGUCUCCUUCUCACCCUCGUUGUGCUCUUCCGAGUUCGUCUUCCUUCUCCCGUUCCUCGGCCUGUGUACCCCUCUAUGGCCAGCAGGCAGUUGAAGCCUGUCUCUCCACACUGGUCUCUCUCUGUGCACGCAGCAGUCGCACGCUGGAGGCCUUUUAUUCCUCCGUAAAGCUCCUGAACUUCCUCUCUCUGUCAGCCGUCGCCCGCCUUCCUGUUCUUCUUCUCCCGCGACUCGUGACUGUCGAGGGAGGGCCUGCCACAGUUCCGCCUUUCGUUUCUUCCUCUCUCAGAUUCGUGAGUCUCUGCGGAACGGAGACGCUUCGCGCCGACCCCCUGGAGCGUAGCCGCAGCGCCAUGGCGCCUCUGACUGCGGUCUGCGGCCGCGCUGGGCCUCCCGGUGCAGAUGGCGCCUGCGGAGACUGGCGGGCGCCUCCCGCCGCUGACCGAGACAGGUUCGCUCGACUCAGGCUUCACGACCGCAACGGAGAGAGGAAACACGAAGGUGAGGAAGAACGACGAGGGGGAGAACAGGGAGGAAAGCAACGAAAAGCAGAACAAGAAGGGGAGCAGGAGGGAGGACACCGACGCAAAGAAGAACAGGGAGAGGACGAACACGGAGAAGGUGAGAGGGGAGCAGACCGGGACAAAGACCUCGGAGAGGAAUUCCAAGGCGCCAGAGAUGAAGCUGUCGAAAGCGAGGCGUCUGUAAGUCGAAACGUGGAGAGGAAAGGGAAGAUUGCCUCCUCGAGAAGAAGCGACACCAAGAGCGCAAGCGAUGCUGAGCUGCAUCGAGAGGUCGAAGAAGCCUCACAAGAAGCUGGAACAGAGCGCACAGGCGCAUCGGCUUUCCCCUUCCAAGGAGGAACCGACGUGAGCUGUUGGUCGGUGCACGAGCCGUAUCUGUGUCUCUCUAUCUGGAGGAGCCAGCCCACAGUGACGACUGUUCUCUGUGAGGGUUUGACGCUGCGAGUGCCCGACUCGGAGUGCACUCGUUGGGAUUUGAGUCUUCGUCACCCGCCCGCGCGAAGUGAGGAGAAACUCGGAAACGAGAGAGAUCGAACGACGCUGCCCGGAAAGACUACCGGGAGCUGGAAGGCGCAAGACGGCAAGUUGGAGAGAGACGGAGAAAGGGAAUGGCGACAGGACACCGUGAAGGCGAUGCACGCGACCCAGAGCGAAGAACCCUACACACUCUCUCUGCCGUACCCCUUUCCUUCCAGUGACGAAAGCAAGACGCCCAGGCUCGUUCGUCGAUCGGGAGGCCUGAGAAGCCGAUCGGGGCGUCUGAUUCCAGAACCCAAGUGUAUGGACUUCCCUUGGUCUCUGGUGCACGCUAAGACGCCUUCGCGAUCUUUCCUCACUCGCUCUCAAAGUCCUUCCUCGAGUACGAAAACGCUUGCCUCCUGGGCUCCACGUCUCUCUCGGUGGGCUCCAAACGCCUCUUCGGGGGCUCCGAAUCUCUCCCCUGGGGCUACAGAGCUCGCCGUGGGGUCGCGCGUUUUCUCACUGCCAUCUCUGAGUCGCCUGCGUCUGCGAGCAGUCUCUCAGUGUUCGCUUAUUUCGCCGAAACUCGAGGCCGCCGCCUUCGCCAUCGAAGGGCGCGUGUGUCUCGUGUCGCCAGCCAGAAGAGCCCACAACGGAGCGCGAAGCCGCGGCGGGGGCGGCGCUUUCGGCCCGGUCGUGCUGGAGUUGCUUGGAGCCGUAGCAAACAGCCGCUGCAGCACCAACAGCUUCUGCUGGGGGAGCGUCGAGCCUGAAAUGGAAACACCAGAGGAGACACAGAACGACAGGACACAGGACCAAGAGACAAGAGACGAGGAGACACAUGACGAGGAAACGCAGGCCGUGGAGCCGCAUAAGGAGACAUAUGGCAAGGAGAUACGUACGGCGACACAGGGCGAGGCGUCUCUGGCAACCGUGGGCUUCGACACACUCCCUAGGGAAGUCGAGGUCGCAGGAGAUAGAAUAGGAGAGCGGGGCGUCGCACGCGUCGCCCAGAGAAGCGCGAGACAGCUGUUGGACGGGAGACGAGUCAUCCGAGCUGGUCAAAAGAGAGACGACGCCUCACGAACCCCAGAAAAAAAACCUCACCGUUCCAAGUUGGAGACGCGCGCGUCCUCCGGGCAUAACUUCCAAGGCUGGUCUGCUGGGCGAAAGCAGCUUCGAUACUGUGUAUGUCACUCUCGUUCUGUCGGCGAGUCACCGUCCCUCGACUUUCUGGAGUGUACAGGCUCGCGUCUAGUCCUCGCUUCUUCUUCGUCUUCCUCUUGGAGCAACAUGGCAGGCGUCUCCCUCCAGUUGCCGUUGUGUCUCCUGCACGUCGCCUGUUCUCUCUUCGACGCGACAGUGACUUCCACCGAGCGGGUGGCCGCCGUCCUGGUGGCGCCAGUUGACGGGGAUUCAGGCGCCUUCACGGGAGCGACUCUGCGAAAGUUUUCCUUCAGGGAAGAGCCCAAAGGAACUGCGAGAAAAUCCACGAGACUCGAAAUUGCAGACAGCGAGUCACUCACCGGCGAUCGCAUAGGCCUGAGAACUCUCGCGAGAGCCCGCAACACCAGCGACAGAGAGCAAGAGACAGAGACCGAAGAAGGGGAAGAAGAGGAAGAGGAAGAAGAAGAGAAAGAAGAGGAAGAGGAAGGAGAGGAAGAGAAAGAAGAGGAAGAGGAAGAAGAGGAAGAAGAGGAAGAGAAAGGAGAGGACGAGGAAGAAGAGGAAGAAGAAAAAGAAGGAACGAGAGAAGCGAGGGAACGAGGAGGUAAAGGAGGAGGCCGGGAACAAUGGGUUGUGAGUGGAGAGCUCGAUCCACAAGAGAAACAGAGUCGCAUUCGCGCGUUUGGCCGGCCGCUCAGGGGCGUCAGCUGGAAAAGGAGAACGAGUGCACGACGGCGGAGUCCUGGAGACCCUCCCAAGACAACAGGAGGGGAGAAAAGCGGAGAAGAGGCUCCCGGCCGCAGUACCCGACUGAGAAGAAAGACGAAAGAAGCCAUGCAUCGAGGGGAGUCGGUUGAGGGGAAACAUCGAUCAUGCGCAACGCCUGAGUGGGAAUACAUUACCUUCAAGGGGUCGAUCGCUACGGGCGGCCUUCCUUGCUUGAGGUGUCGAGCAUGUAAGGGAGAGCGGCAACGCCAUCGGUGCAUGUACAGAGAAAAACUUCUUCCGCAAGACAUCGUCGAUCUUCUUUCCUCAGCAGCGGCUUCUUGCUCGUUUCAGGACAUCCACCUCGAUUCGCUGAUGUGGUGUACAUACCCCCCACUCUGUUCGCGUUCCUCCGUUGCGUCUGAUUUUUCCUGUCCUUCGUCGCGUCGCGGUUCUUCUGUCCUCCCGGCUUCUUCUCGUUUGAUGACCGUUCGAGAACUGCGCAGGAGACCGUUCCACGUUUCCCUGUCCCCCUCUGAACCUUCCUCGCCCGACGGAUCUUUUUUCCACUCGCCGGCUGUCUCCGUCUCGCUCUCGCCUUCUUCUGCUUCUCUCUUGGCCUCUCCCCCUUCCACAACUGAAAGUGCACCCUGCUCCAGAGCUCGCCACAACGCUCCCCGCUGUCCUCCAGCCUCCGGUUUUCUUGCUUCUUCAUCUCCCUCUCCAUGUGGUGCAUCGCCUGCUUCUUCUCCAGCUUCGCCUCCUUCAGGAAACACUGUUUUCUCCCCAUCUCUCUCCCCGAACUCACCGUCGUCUUCCUCUGUCUCCUCAUCAGCGGCGCCUUUGUCGCCUCACCUCUUCAGCUCGGAAGCGUCCGCCGCUCCGUUUUCCUCUCUCGCUGUCGGGUGCAGAGAUACCCCAGUCCACGCGCAGCACUCUCGCGCCGUCUCCACGUCUCUCUUCCCCAUCGCAACAGAUACGUCGUUCAGCCUGAAUGUCCCUCGCGAGGUGCCUGCAGACGCCGCAGCUGAAAACGCAACCACUUGUAUCUGCGCCCUCUCCUUUGAUCCGUUUCCUUCUUAUUCCGGUCGUCCUGAGAUCCCGACUCCACGUAGAGUCGACGAAGCUCUCGCGGGAUCCUCGAGCUCAAGUUCGGUCUCUUCAACCUCGCCCCUCUCUCUCGUCUGGCACCUGACGAGGCCAGAGAGCAGCCACCACGAUGCCGAGCUGGCGCGUGCAAGACAUAUCUGUGCGCAACACUGGAGGCGUUUCUGGAGGGAAGUCGAGAAACGUCUGAGACAGACGCACCGCGUCCAGUGCCACAGAACCGGUGUGGCGACUGUCAGCGCAGACUGCAUGCGUCUCAGACAAAGGUAA